AUUUAUUCUCCGAUGAAGAGGCAAAACAAACGCAACCAAAUGCCCUCCAUUCCCUCCCUCUGAACCUGCUCAUUCAUUCUCUUUCUCUUUGUCUUACGCUCUGUUUUCUUCCUGUUUUUCUGCUUUGAAAACUCCAUGGAAAACCAUCAUAAAGAGGAAGAAUCAGCAGCAAUUCCUCUGAUUGAUCUGCAUCCAUUCUUCAGCGAUUAUGCUGACCAGACAGCCAGAGAAAGAGUUAUUACUGAGGUGGGCAAGGCCUGUGAAGAAUGGGGAUUUUUCCAGGUGGUCAACCAUGGUAUCCCUACGGAGCUCAUAGAAGAGGCUCUUGACACCUGUCGGGUGUUCUUUGAGUAUCCACAGGAGGAGAAGAUGAAGGUCAGAGGAGAAGUAUCCGUGCCACAGCAGAUGCCCACCGGCUACAAUGUGUACCCGCCAGGAAGCUGGGAUCUGUACGAGAAUCUCUAUUACCGAGCCGGUCGGUCAUCGCCCGGUCAGACUGCCUCUGAUUUCAGUGACGGGAAUGCACAGUGCAAUGCUUUCCCAGAGGAUUUACCUCAAUUAAGAUUUGUGAUAGAGAGGCUACUUGAAUUCCUGGGGAAAACGACGGACUUGAUCGAGAGCCUGAUUUCCCAGGCUCUGGGAUUAUCCGGGGAAUAUCUGCGGGAGCUGAAUCGGGACAAGGUGGAGCCUCUGAAAGUGCUGUGCUAUCCAAAGGCGAGAACAGAGCAGGAGAUAGGAGCGUGGCAGCACCAGGACAGCAGCUGCAUAACUCUUGUGGGGCAGGACGACACGGGGGGCUACCAAGUCCUCAAGGACGCCAAAUGGGUGAACAUCAAACCUACAAGGGGCGCCCUCGUCGUUAACGUCGGUGAUAUUCUUCAGGUGUGGAGCAACAACAGACUAAAGAGCGCCGUUCACCGCGUAUUAAAUAACCGGGAAAGAAGACGGUGUUCCUUCGCCUUCGCGACCGUGCCCAGCCCAGAAAAGCUGGUGAGCCCGCUGCCGGAAUUCACGAGCCAAGUCAAGCGGCCGGCGGCAUACAGAAGUUUUGUUUAUAAAGACUAUAUGGUGAAAAGAGUGCGCAACAAAACGCACCCCCCUGCCACCGCCGAGGAUUUCGCCGACAUCUCCAUCUACGCCAUCUGAUGCGCGCCGAGCUUAGCCUCUUAAUAUUAAUAAUAUAUAUAUAUAUAUUUAUGUUAGUAUUAUCAUUUGUAUUGAAGAACCAACACAAAGAAUGGAAUAGAAAAUUAUUAUGAUUCAUGUAUUGGCCCGGCUUGCCUUGUAAUGGAUAAAAAUGGGGACAGCAAAAACUUCAAUGUUUUUCUACUUAUAAAACAAACACACAUUUGUCUGUUGGAAAUAUUGUGGGUGCUAAAAAUAGAGCAACACGUUAGGCUACGUGAAGUCACGAGCUGGCGUGAGAAUGAAACAAUCCAUUAAUUCGUUUUC